CUCAACGCAUAAUCCCCGCCAUUUUCAGACCUUGACCUCCAUAUUUCGGCCAUCAUUAUCUUCAAGGCAACCAACCAUUCACGAUCUCUGUGUUCCAACCUAUCCAUCUUCACUUGACCCAUACACAAGAUGGCGGCCUCAACAACCGAGGAGAUCCGUCAGCUGAACAAGCAAGCCGUCGAGUUUACGCCUACCAUGUCUCAUCACCGACCGCGCCGGCCCUCGACCUUCCUGUCACUGGCCCCGAGCACCUCGGACUCGUACCCUCGCGCUCAGCGGCCCAGGCAGCCUCUUACCCCGGAGGCUCUGGCCGCGGUCACGAAGCAAGACGGCGCUGCCAGCGGCGAGGCAAUGAAGCGUCGCUCCUCCAGCCUCAGCAGCGAUGCGUCCAAGUUCCGCUUCCUCAAGAUCGGCCCCGUCCACUGGGGCGAGCACCAGGACGACCACAAGGGCGACUACUAUGAGCUCGCGGUCGAAUGACGCGUCCAAUUCCUCCUUCGUCACGGAAAUGCGGCCCUCUCCCCAUGUUACCUCUGUCUCUCUCCCUAUCUCUGUCUUUCUCGGAGUGCUUUGCCAUUGAGAUCACGAUGCGAUGAGCUCGAGAAGGCAGGAAGAAUAAAAGAGAGAAACAGAGUAAGAAUGGACUCCUUUCGCAGGGCUUCAAACGGAGCUUGUCCGUUUCAUCCAUCAUGGGUUGCAGGGUUGACAUGGCCGCGAUCAACAGAGUUCGCCGGGGCCCUUCCCGGCCCCCCCUCCUCCCAUCCCCCCCACCCCCCUCUCUCUCACACACACAUACACACACACAGACAGACAGAUACACAUACAUCCGCACAAUGAGUCUUACGUGUCAUUUUCAAUUUCCCACUUGUUGGUCUCCUUACAAGUAUUGGUCGGACUCUGUUAGUGUGGAGGGUUGUAAUGGUGGGGAGUUUAAGGUUAACUCCGACCAGGGGGGGUCGCAGUCUAGCUUUCACACUAGCUUGUUUCUGUUACACGACGGAUUUGCUAGAGGCAUCUUGUGUGGGGGGGCAAGGGAGGAAUGAGGAAAGGAAAGAAAACAAAAAAAACCAAAAAAAGGAAAGGGAGUUAUUGCUACCUACCUUUCUUUCUUUUCCCCAUGAAAAUAGCCAAAAUAGGCUCGGAACCACCAGACUGAAAUGAAACAAGAAGGGCUAGAAAAAAAAAUAUACUUCAAAAAUCUUUCCCACC